CCGCUCAACUCGGACUGACACCGCACACACACACAUACACGUUACACACACACACUCACAGAAACACAUACAAGCUGCAGUAUAAAAGGCUGAGGCGGAGAUGGCCGCGAUAUUCGGGAAGAUCUUCGUGGGCAUUUACGUGGAGAUAAAACGGAGCGACGGACGAAUACACCAGGCGAUGGUCACAUCACUGCACGAGGACAACGAGAGCGUGACGGUGGAGUGGAUCGAGAACGGGGACACCAAGGGGAAAGAAAUCGACCUAGAGAGUGUCUUCGCUCUGAAUCCAGAUGUUGCUCCUGAUGAGGAGAUCCCACAGAGUCCUGAGCCUCCUCUUCAUCCGUCCAAUGUUGCCAAAGCCAGCAAAGUUCCCAAGACCAGACGUGCCACAGCAAUACCAAAGGCUGAGAACACGCCUCGGGAGAACAGAGCUGCAGCAGUCGGGACCACGCGGGCCCGCCCGAGCCAGCAAAGCCAAGUAGCAGAGCCACCUCCACCCGCCAUCACUCCCCAGGCUGCGCUCAACCAGGCCCUGUUACAACAACAGAACGCCCGCAAGAAAUCUAAUUGUGUAAAAGAAGUGGAGAAGCUGCAGGAGAAGCGAGAAAAGAGACGACUCCAACAGCAAGAGCUCAGAGAAAAGAGAGCACAGGAGGUGGACGUUCAAUUACCAAACUAUGAAAUCAUGUGUAUGAUCAGAGACUUCAGAGCCAGUCUGGACUACAGGCCUUUAACCACUAAUGAUCUGGAUAGUAUUGAGGAGCACAGGAUAUGUGUGUGCGUACGUGCACGUCCCCUCAAUAAGAAAGAGUUGACAGUGAAGGAUUUGGAUGUCAUCACCAUUCCCAGCAAAGACGUGGUAAUGGUCCAUGAGCCCAAGCAGAAGGUAGACCUGACGCGCUUCUUGGAAAACCAAACAUUCCGAUUUGACUACGCCUUCGACGAGAACUCCACCAACGAAAUGGUUUACAGGUUCACUGCUCAGCCACUCGUUGAGACCAUCUUUGAGAGAGGCAUGGCGACCUGCUUUGCAUACGGACAAACUGGAAGCGGAAAAACACACACAAUGGGAGGAGACUUUUCAGGAAAGAACCAAGACUGUUCCAAAGGGAUCUACGCACUUUCUGCCAGAGAUGUUUUUCUCAUGUUAAAGAAGCCAAUUUACAAGAAGUUGGAUCUUCAGGUCUUCGCCACAUUUUUUGAGAUUUACAGUGGGAAGGUGUUUGACCUACUUAAUCGCAAAGCCAAGUUGCGGGUCUUGGAGGACGGGAAGCAGCAGGUGCAGGUGGUGGGGCUUCAGGAGAGGGAUGUGAAAUGCACAGAGGACGUCCUCAAACUCAUAGAAGUGGGAAACAGCUGCAGGACUUCUGGUCAGACUUCAGCGAACGCUCAUUCCUCUCGGAGCCACGCCGUUUUUCAGAUCAUCCUGCGCAGACGGGGGAAGAUGCAUGGAAAGUUUUCCCUCAUUGACCUGGCGGGGAACGAGAGGGGAGCAGACACUUCCAGCGCCGACCGCCAGACUCGCCUCGAAGGAGCUGAGAUCAACAAGAGUCUGCUGGCGCUCAAGGAGUGUAUUCGAGCCCUGGGUAGAAACAAACCUCACACUCCUUUCAGAGCCAGCAAGUUAACCCAAGUACUGAGGGACUCCUUCAUCGGAGAGAACUCCAGGACGUGCAUGAUCGCUACCAUCUCUCCUGGAAUGGCGUCAUGUGAAAACACCCUAAACACGCUAAGAUACGCCAACAGGGUAAAGGAGUUUGGGAUAAGUCCCUCAGACAUUCCCUUCUCCCAGAGCGGGGGUGGAGGGGGUCGCUCUGAGCUCUCCCCUACUUAUGAGGUGAAGGAGCUCACUGUGGACCCCACAGCAGCGAUGGAGAGCCGUCAGGGACUCGUCAACCAGCUGGAGGUGCUGGAGGCUCAGUGGGGAGUUGGCAGCUCUCCACAGAGGGACGAUCUGAAGCUGCUCUGUGAACAGAAUGAGGAAGAGGUUUCCCCGCAGCUCUUUAAUUUCCAUGAAGCUGUGUCUCAGCUGGUAGAGAUGGAGGAGCAGGUGCUGGAGGACCACAGGGCAGUGUUCCAGGAGUCGAUCCGCUGGCUAGAAGAUGAGAAGGUGCUCCUGGAAAUGACAGAGGAGGUGGACUACGAUGUCGAGUCGUACGCAACUCAGCUGGAACAGAUCCUGGACCAGAAGAUAGACAUUCUCACCGAGCUGAGAGAUAAAGUCAAGUCCUUCCGUUGUACGCUCCAGGAAGAGGAGCAAGCUAGCAAACAAAUCACGCCCAAGAGGCCUCGUGCACUAUAGAAAAAACACACGUUUCACUGUAACGUUGAUCUGUCUGGAGACACGCGAAGGCCUCGUCUCUGGAGGAGCUCAGCGUGUGUUUGGUUCGCUCCCCGUCCUCCAUCAGUCCACCAGUAAAACCAAAGAGCAGGUCGUCUUUGCUCUCCAUCCUCCUGUGACGUGUAUCUACCAGCUCUCUGUUCUGUGUGUGAUGAGAAAUCAGUUCAUUGUAUAAAAACUAAACUAAACAAAAAAUAAAUGUUUUCAAAGAAUUUUAUAGAGUCAAUCAGUGUGGCCAAUUUUAUAAAUAGCUGUUGCCAUUUUGUGCAAUAUUUGGAGGAGAAUCCUCCUGUUGUUCCCUGGACUUCAGCUCAGGAGAGACCAGGACAUGUUUUCUUUGUGUUUACAGUAAAAUUGAGCUACCGUGUGUUUGUGUUGUUGACAACCCUAAAAAUAAGAAUCUCACCUUGCAUCAUGUUACUUGACCUGCAGAGGGCGCUGUGCUCGCAGUUGAUUUUAGAGCGUUCCAGACAUUUUCUGUAAUAAAAAUAAAAACACUACUUGUUGCCACA